UCGAACAAGCAACAUCGCAAGCAAAACUCUUGAGAAAACUCUAAUUUGCAUAGGCAAAAAUCAACAAAUAUCCACCAAAAAUGCCGCGUUACCAGAAACUCAUCAACGAAAGCGACAACAUGCCAUCGGCAACAUCGCAACCAAAGCAACACUGCUACCAAAAGCAGCAGCAACAUCCACCCAAUGUGGGAUACCACCUGUACCUGUACCGCCAGCAACUAUCCCGCAAAAAUGUGGAGUACAUGCGACUGUCCAAGGCCAAAUACGUCAUCACGGAUACACUUCUGACCAAAACAGUGCGCAACUUGAAAGGCUGCAGCGUCGAGGACUUGAAAACCGUCAACAACCAAAUCGUUUUCCGGCACAAACUCAAAAACCAGAUCCUACGGCUGCGAAAGCUGAAGAGUCUCGGAAUCAAAAACGCCAAUCCCCAAAUGGAGAGCACGGAGCUGUGA